CUGUGCAAACAAUGCCUGACGGGCCGAGGGUUGGAGGAGGAGGAGGAGGCUAAGGCGGAGGCGGCAGCAGCAGCGGAGAAGGCGAGUCAUGGUGGUUCCAGGCCUCGGCGCGCUGGAAGUGGGCGGGGCUUGCCGGCGCCUCGGAGGGGGAGUUUUAUGGCCGUCACCUCGUCCUCCAGCAAACGCUAAUAACGCCGCGCCGGUACAGCGUCUUGUAAUCCUCCUUCACGCGGCCGGAGGUAGUUUUAGCCCGCCGGGGACCACGAGGGAGGAAGGGACGCCCACCUGGAUCUGAGGACACCUUGUUUUUUCCGAAGACCUCCCGCUCCGCCAUGGAUUCAGGGGCAGCCGUUCCCGCGCUUUCCUGAAAUGGAGUGUUUGAGGAGGAGCUGCCGGCCCGCCGCCCCUCGCCGCCCUGCACGCCCGGCGUCACCUCUGGUUCAAGACUGGAUGUGAUCAAGGAGGAGAGAGAGCUUCAGCGAGCCCCAGCUGGCCCCGUGGACUUUAUUACGCCGGAUUUGUUAAAACCGCUGUGUAAACCUGUUUGGUGGCCCCUCCGUGUUUUCUCAGUCUCCCUUCCUUCCCGCUCGCCCUCUCCAGCCCCCUCGCCGCCCCCCGCAGCCGCCGUGUUUGGAUAACUUUUAUUGAGCUGGAGCUAAUCUCUUUAGGCUGGAUUAUCGUCCCGGGCGGAGGGGUUAGAAGUGUUGGCGCCAAAUUACCCUCUGAGACUUGGGAAUUGUCCCCUCAGAUUAAAGGGGGAAAAUUGCGAGGGGCAGGACCCAGUAAUUUGCUCCCCUCAGUUACCAAUCAUACGAUAUCAGCGGGCGGGGCGCGGGAUCAUAACUCAGGCGAGGCGCGCCGUGAGUGGUCGGCCGGGACGAUAGGCGGCCACUCAUUGGCGAGGAAGCGAGGAAGCCGCCACGCCAUUGGUCCAGAGGCGGGUGGGCGUGGCCUAAGUAUAACAUGGCGAAGGAUUGAACUUGGCUUAAAGUAAAUUUUCCUAGACUUUAAGAUAGUUCAGUCGGCCUUUGGAGCGGAACCAGAGAGUAGCUCGCCGCGGCGGUGGCCGUUUGUUGACUCAGCAGCCGCGACUAAUUCUUGCGGUGUUUGGAGUAGCAACACGACUGUUUGCUUUAGCAUUGUUGGAACCAUAAGAAAAAGACUGUCGAUGUGUUUUCGCUAUUUUAAUCAAUCCGCGAGCCAAGAAAUCUCACCGACGCGAAAGAUAACGAAGGUGGACUGAUUUGUAUUCCGUACUCGGCCUCCACAGUACUCGCGGCGGCCUGUGCCUGAGACGGUCAAGUGUGAGGGACAGAUAACAGCGGAUUACAUCGUGUACGCCCCCGCCGCCCACGCCCUGGCCAGGACCCCUCGCCGCCACCCAGCGCCGCCCUCCGCCUGCCGCCCCGCCACCCUCCGCCUCCCUCACAGCCGCCCGCCGCCCAGCAGGGAGUGGCGAGGGUUAGUGGUGCCCGCCUCGUGCUGUGUCUCCGGCGGUGAUGUUGCUGGUGAAGUGAAAAUAGCGAGUGGGGUAAGUGGGCGCGGUGCUGCGGUGGUGACGGCGGCGAGGGUGUGUGUGUGGUGUCGCCCGACCUUCCGCUCGUCCGCCCGCCACAGCCGCCUCGCCGCCCUGUGUCCCCGGGCUCCCCUCGCCGCCGCCCGCAGCCCUCGCUUCCACUUGGCUUAAAUUUUCCUCAGUAGGGAAGUCCCAGGGUCUACCUCUCGCGGGGUAGACCCAGAAUGCUGUGUAGCCAUGUGUGAUCAGUGGUCAGCCUACCCCGUCAAAAUGCACACGCUGUUCGGGGACCAGCAGUCCUACUACCGCCACGCGGCGGCCACCUACCCGCCGGCGGCGCUGCAGCAGAUGUCCACCAUGGCACCCAACGCCUACUGUUACGACGGGUACAGCGCCAUGAGCCGCUACCACCCGUACGGCUACACCACGCAGCAGCACCCGCCGCCCAAGGACAUGGUGAAGCCGCCCUACUCCUAUAUCGCCCUCAUUACCAUGGCCAUCCAGAACAACCCUGACCAGCGCGUCACCCUCAACGGCAUCUACCAGUUCAUCAUGGAGCGCUUCCCCUACUAUCGGGAGAACAAGCAGGGCUGGCAGAACAGCAUCCGCCACAACCUGAGCCUCAACGAGUGCUUCGUCAAGAUCCCCCGCGACGACAAGAAGCCGGGCAAGGGGUCGUACUGGACGCUGGACCCCGAGGCCAGGAACAUGUUCGACAACGGCUCCUACCUGCGCCGCCGGAAACGCUUCAAGAAGAAGGACGCCAACGCCAACAGGGAGAAGGAGGAGGCACUCAAGCGGCAGCAGGAACAGCAGCAGCAACAGCAGCAGCAGCAGCAGCAGCACACGACCACAGGCGUAGAGGGGGACCAAAGGGCACAGCAGCCUGACCCUGUUGCCCUCACGCAGCACGCCCAGCAGGCACAGCAGCAGGCAGCUGCUCGUCCCCCGCCGCCGCAGCAGGCACAGCAGCAGCAGGCUGGGCCAGGACCUCAACACCCGCAGGCCGGGCCGGUGGUGGGCGGGCCGCAGGAGGGGGACGGGGUGCAGGCGGGGAGCGGGACCCCGAUCUCGCCCCUCUGUCAGCCCAAGACAGAGCCUCAGGACUCCCCAGAGCUUCCAGCGGCCUGCCUGCCCGAGGUGAAGGCCUCGGCCCACACCCCGCCCCUGCACGGCCACACUCACACGCCGCCCCUCCACACGCAAACCCACACCCCGCCGCUGCACGCCCACGCCCACCUGGCCUCUAGCCUUCCCACCACCUCCGCCAAUGGAGGUGGGCACGAAGGCUCGUACCUGGACGUCGGCUCCUCCUUCAGCGUGGACUCCCUGGUGCCGGGCUCCCGGGAGGCUGUAGGGCGCGAGGCCAGCCCAGGGGCGCUGCUGACCGAGGCUCAGCAGCAGCAGUACCGUUCCAACAUGUACUACGACACGAUGGGCUACUGCCAGUACAGCGACACCCGCGCCCCCUCCGUGUUCCCGACGCCCUCCUCCGACGACAUGACCGCCUGCGGCAGUGCAGCCAUGAACGGCGGCAGCCCCGUCGUGGGCGGCAUGACCAUGCAGGCGGCGGCAGCGGCGGCGGCCUACUCCCGCUCCCACGGCUCCUGGUACUCGCAGCCGCUGGAGACGGCCGGAGGCGGCGGCGCCGUGGACGGAGGCUUCCCCAACGUGCGUGAAAUGUUCGAGUCCCAGCGACUCCUGACCAACCCCUCCUGCCAGCUGGGCUUCCGCACCUCCUACAAGUACCCGGCCUACUACGACGACACCGCCAAGUACUGAGCCGCCAGGACAGGCAGGCUCAGCGCCUCCCAGGGUCGUCUGGCGCCCACCCUGCCCGCGGCGGCAGAGUGGGUGAGGCGGGGCAGCGGGCGGCGGGCGCUGGCGUGGCCGCCGGCCGUCUCGAGUGAAACCAAAGAGGGCAAGACGUUGU